AUAUACUAUCCAGUGUGAUCUUUUAAAAAAGCAAAUCACUCAUCUAGUGAGACGGCUGCGGUGAGAAUACUGAGAACCAUUGUCUGUUCGGCACACCUCAGCUGAGAAAACAGGUGUCGUGUUGUUGGAGCAUUUGUUGCUGGGCUGGCCAGAACCUUUUGUUUUGUCCUGUCUGCUUGUUUGAUCACACUUCGGGAGGCAGCUAAGCGCUGCAAGGCUAUUGCUCCGGCAGGCAUGGAAGGGACAGAGUGAACCGCUUCUGUCUAGAACAUGUAAGAACCUCUAACCUAAACAAUGAUACCAGAGAAAUCUACCAGAGAGAGGACAGAGUAUUUCUUUCUUCUGGAUCUGAAGAGAAGCAUCAGCAGCAGAAGUCUGCUACCUUUUAUCCACUAAACAACCAGUCCUUCCAGUGGAUGAGACGCAGAAGCAAGCGUUCAACGAAAGUAUGGAGCCUGAGAGUACCAGCACCGAGAUGGCUUUGCUUAGCAAUAUCCUAGCAGCCUAUUCAUUUCUCACAGAAAAUCCUGAGCGUGCUGCUCUGUAUUUUGUGUCUGGCAUUUGUGCUGGGCUCCUCUUGACCCUGCUGGCCUUAGUGCUCCGAAUCUCCUGCCAAACGGAUUGCAGACCAUCAUCCAAAAAAAAGCCACCCCGAGACACGGACACUGACAGCAGUGGUAGUGACAAUGAUUCAGACACGACGUCUGACCUGUCUGCGCGGAGGCAACGCAGAUUUGAAAGGACUUUGAACAUGAACAUUUUUUCCUCUGCGGAGGAGCUAGAGAGAGCUCACAGGCUGGAAGAAAGAGAGCGCAUCAUCCGGGAGAUAUGGAUGAAUGGCCAGCCGGAUAUUCCAGGGACCAGGAGCCUGAACCGGUACUAUUAAUGGUUCACAAAUAAUACAGACAUUUUUACUGCAGUCUUUCUAAAUCUGUUAGGAAGGGGGUUAGGUGGGGAGAAAGAGGGAAAUGGCGUUGCUGUAUAACCUCUUAUGCAAAGAGAUUUCUGGAGGUAUACUUAAAUGAAGCAUUAAAUGUUCCAGAGGUACCACGCCAUGUAGAUAAUAACUACCUUCCCUUGCUUAAUUGCCGCCUGUUAUUUUCUUGCCAAUCUCUCUUACUAUUUGUUGUGGUACAGAGGGCAGCAUGGAAGAUUAAAGGCAUAAAAGCCAAUGUUUGGUGAAGAAGGAACUGAAGCCGAAAGGCACAAUGAGCAACUGUCUUUGGAUGCUUACUUUGGAUGCUGAUGGAACUGAUCUACUUACCAAAAAGGAUGAGGGCAAAAAGCAAGAUAAGAAGGAAAAACAAAAAACAAAACAACUGUUCCAAGAGCAUUUCCAUUCUGUGAAAUCAUUUUGGUGCUUGGAUGUUCAAUGUUCUGUUACAUUAUUUAAGACUGUGUGUUUAAUCUUUCUUCAGUGGCAGCAUUUAAUUGACACCUCAGGGAUAAAAUCCUUUCCUAACUUACAUUAAUAUAUUCACCUCUGCACAUUGGCCUUUUACCCAGUCUUUCUCCUACAGGUACCUUACAUUGUUUUAGGAGUUGUGUCUGUGAUGAAUAAACGGUUAACAACCUCUAAGAGGUUUAAAGGAGGCUUUGUGUGUGCCCCCACACACAAUUUUAAAUGCUUCACAAUCACGUGCCUUAUUAAUACCAAAUUUCAGUUUUUAAUAACUGUGAUGCUCAGUGUUUCAUAUAUUUUAUGAGAGAGAGAGUGGUUUGUUCUGUCAGAAAAGCUUUUUAUUGUGCAAUCUGACUUCUUCGAAUGUAGCAUUUUAUUGUGGAUCCAGACAUCAUUAGUGCUAUAUACAUGAAUA